AUGAAUACAUUUGUGUGCAGUGUUUAUCAGGGAUCUGCGUUUGAGCUGCUGGUAUGUUGAAACAAAGUUGGUAUGUGCAACGUGUUGCUACAGGUUAACAGUACCUCACUGCCCCUGCCGACUACCGCAUACGCAUUUACCGUCAAGCCAUCUCCACGGUCAACUUUGUACAUUGUUGGUACAUUGUUGUUUUUAUUUUCUGGGGGUCAUUUUGGGCUUUCUCACAGCAGAUGUUUGUGUUGCUGUCAGUUUGUUGCAAAUGGCAUACAGGGCAUUGUUACAUGUUGAGGCACAUCUGUACUUAAGUCCUGGUUUAGAAAAAACUAAAAAACUAUGGAAGCUAAAUGUCCCAUCCUCUGAUUUGAGAAUAUCUUUAUUUUCUUUUCUGUCUUAAACCUUUCUACUCCUCUGACACUAUCAUUUCUUUUAUUCCUGCUUUUUACCAAUCACAGAGCUUGGACCAGGUUGCCUUGACCAAUGCCACCUGUCUGGAUGGCAGCGGGGGCGGACCCAACGGUUCACUGGCUGGCUCAAUGGGCUCUGUGGCUGUCUGUCUUCCCUCUGAGUCUUCUCUUACUGAUUCUCUCCAUACCUCUGCGAGCGAGAGUGCCAACGACGAGGGUGGAGAGGGGGAGUACGUCAACUUGUACUCAUCCAACCAGGCCAAUGGAGAGCUGCUUCUCUCCCACAGAGAAACUAAUGCUACUGAAGAUGUACUUCAAGAUUCAACCCCUCAAAUGACAUCGACCAAUAGCAAAGAGGCUGUAGACAAAGGACGGAGACUAAAAUCUGCAGAUUCAGCUGAAAGUGACGAGGAAGAUGUUGAUGAGUUGUCCCUUAUUGACCAUAAAGAGAUUAUGAGCAGGAUAACACUAAAACAAGAGAAUGAUGAUGGGCCAGAUGUUCGAGCUGGAUCUGGGGAUAUUUUAUUAGUCCAUGCUACAGAAACAGACCGAAAAGAUCUGGUUCUCUACUGUGAAGCAUUUCUGACAACAUAUCGGACUUUUAUAACCCCAGAGGACCUUAUUAAGAAGCUACAUUACAGAUAUACAAGGUUUUGUCACAGUCCAGACAUAUUCAAGAAGAGGGUCAGCAAGAAUACUUUCUUUGUUUUGGUCAGAGUGGUGGAUGAGCUGUGUCUUGUGGAGCUGACAGAGGACAUCCUUAAACAGCUAAUGGAUCUAGUAUUCACGUUAGUGUGUAAUGGUGAACUAAGCCUUGCUCGUGUGCUCCGGAAGAACAUCCUGGACAAAGUGGAGCAGAAAAAGCUGCUACGCUACACAAACUCCCUAAAACCCCUCUCGGCAAGGGGUGUCUCUGCCAGGCCUGGUACCCUCCAUGACUUCCGUAGUCAUGAAAUUGCAGAUCAGCUCACUCUUCUUGAUGCUGAACUCUUCUAUAAAAUUGAAAUUCCAGAAGUUCUACUUUGGGCUAAGGAGCAAAAUGAGGAGAAGAGUCCUAACUUGACUCAAUUUACUGAGCAUUUUAACAACAUGAGUUACUGGGUUCGCUCUUUGAUAAUCCAGCAGGAGAAACCUCAAGACCGAGAAAAGCUGCUUCUCAAGUUCAUUAAAAUAAUGAAGCACUUAAGAAAGUUGAAUAAUUUCAACUCAUACUUGGCAAUACUGUCUGCACUGGACUCUGCCCCUAUUAGGAGAUUGGAGUGGCAAAAGCAGACUUCUGAGGGGUUGGAGGAAUAUUGCACAUUGAUUGACAGCUCCUCCUCCUUCAGAGCAUACAGAGCAGCUCUUGCUGAAGUGGAACCUCCUUGCAUCCCCUAUUUGGGUCUUAUUCUACAGGACCUGACAUUUGUGCAUUUGGGAAAUCCAGACCUCAUUGAGGGAAAAGUCAAUUUCUCCAAACGCUGGCAACAAUUCAACAUCUUGGACAGCAUGCGUCGCUUCCAGCAAGUGCAUUACGAGCUGAAACGAAAUGAAGAUAUUGUAUCUUUCUUCAAUGAUUUCAGUGACCACCUUGCAGAAGAGGCGCUAUGGGAGCUGUCACUAAAAAUUAAGCCCAGAAACAUUGCUAGACGUAAAACAGAUCGUGAGGAAAAGACCUAGGCCCACUGGGCCUUCAUCCUGAGGCUCUAGAAAUGACCUCCAACUGUGCUUCAUGACACUAUCUCCACUUUACUACAGAAUGAAAGAAAGAAGAAUGGAUGCUAUAUACCUGGGCAAUGGGAGACUCAUUUUGAGAAAACAGUGUUGUGUUUACAAGGAGCUCCACUGCUGUGAGAGAAGUAAUUGGGAUUACUGUGGUUCUGGUAUUUAAACAAUGAGAGGUGACACUGAAAUGGGAGGAUGCCCGGGACUGAGGAGGAGUAAAGAAUCACAAGGCAGACAGGGCAACACUGGUACAAAAACCAAAGUCUGCUUACUGGAAUCUGUUAUAGAGUGGAGCUGUUGAGUGUGGGUGAGCUUGAGUUGAAUGGUCCAUUACUUUGCAAUUUGCUCUUUCCCCCUCCAUUACAUCAUGUGCCAUUUACUGGUCAUCUUCUGAAGCCUGACUCUUCCUCAAACAGCAGAGCCUCAAGUACAGCUUGCAAUGAACUGCCGCGGGCCUGGGAGUCUGUUGAAGCUAGAGAGGAACUGAACUUGAAGAAAGGAUGACCUUUAAAGACUGGAUCUGAUGAGUUUGUUUUGAAACACUUUGUCAGAAAUCAACUAUGGUUAUAAUAUGUAUUAUAUACAGUUCUCCUUUUGUUUAUAAAAGGAUGUUUGUUUAUGCUAAUGAGAAGAGCUUGGCUUCUCUUAAGUGCCAUACAUAUGUGCACUAAAAAAGCAAAAGCAAAAAAUUAUUGAUUACAAAAGAUGCUGUGAUCUAUGUACAUCAUACUGAAUCAUUGUCUCUUGUGUUUACGUAGGGAACCAUCAGGCAGUCAGAAUUGGGCGCAAGUUUUGUGUGUCUGCAAGAAGUGUGACUGAAGUCUACAGUGAUUGUGUGCUUGUCAUUCCAAAACGUUCUAUAGUAAAUCAUUUCAACUCAUUUUUGAAUAUUGGCCAAAAUCACACAUCACACUCUUAAUCAAUAAAACAAAUGUUUCUACA